AGAAAGAAAAUGUCCAAAACAGAGUGGCAAAACGGUUGAUGCCACCAUCAUCAAUGUCAUUUUCUUCACACGACAAAUGCUUAAAAUAGGCCUUGCUCAGCUCAGCCUUGUCAACAAGAAACACAUUUCCAUUUCCAAAGCUACAAGAACAAAUUAAACAAGCUACGUACCUACGGAGGAGACGACGAUGGAAAACUCCUCCUCGGCCUUCCGCGGCCUGCUGACCAUACCUUCUUUCCUCGUACUAGUGCUGUCUCUAUUAGUCGUCUCGUCAACCGCGGUCAAAGCCACCGGGAACCACCACGAGUGGAGCAGCUGGAUUCCCACCAAGCAGGCGGCGGCCUGCAGAGGCUCGAUAGGCGAGUGCAUGGGCGCAGGCGCCGGUGGAGGAGAGUUCGAGAUGGACUCGGAGAGCAACAGGCGGAUACUAGCAACCGACAAUUACAUCAGCUACGGCGCGCUGCAGAGCAAUACGGUGCCGUGCUCGGUUAGGGGUGCGUCCUAUUACAAUUGCCAAACAGGGGCCCAGGCUAACCCUUACUCUCGCGGCUGCAGUGCCAUUACUCAAUGCCGGAGUUAGUUAAAAUUGAUUUCUCGUUAUUUGUUUCCUUUCCUGUUCCGUUAUUAUUUGUACUCCAAUAAUACAACACAUGAUUUUGUUAUAAUCAUGGAUGAGCGAUACAGUGGACUAUACAAGAAUAUAACUGUUAAUCA